CAUAAUAUCGAGCUUCCAUCACUCCAGACUCGCAAUUGCGCGAAAUGCAGCAGGGUCGGCGAGGGGAGGGAUGACAGAGAACAGGAGGAAGGGCCGACGCGAACUUUAAACCCCGGGGAGGCGAGGGACGCGCAUCCACCAUGGGGCCGCCACGAGCAGCUGAUCCUUCCAGCCAACAGAUGAUGCGUAUACUAAGAUUUCCGUGAGCUACGUAGCUUUUGACGCCGCCGGUGGACUCCCCGAACUCUGCUAUAAUGCAAGAAGCGAGUGUCUCCCGAACAUUUAAGCUGACUUAAAGUCCGAGAUGCCCAGGACGGUGGCGAUAUAUAACGGUGAUAAGAAUGCGAUAGAGGAAUCUCUGGUGUCGGUUGAGGAGAUUGACGGAGUGUCAGGGAGGAGAGGCGAAGGAGGAGCUCGUGGCAAGGUGACAGCAUCUUCUAUGACGACCUCGGAGGAGAGUGAGAACAGACUGGCAAUGGCGGUGGAAUUUGACCACAUGUACAUAGGUUGUUCAGAUUCAAAGGCAUCAGUGGGAAAAGACUUGGAAGUGCAGCAUCUCAAAGAUCUCCUCUUGCUACAUUUGGAUUUAAUUCAACAGCAAGCAGAGCAGUUGGUGGCCAAGGACAAGCAGAUCAAGAUCCUUCGAGAUGAAAACGAAAACUUACGGGCAAAAUUAGAUCGCAUUGAUCGUCGAGUCUCAUUAAGUUUACAUAAGAAAGCUAGUGAGUCUACUGCUACUACAGAGACACAAUCAGAACAUGCCAUAGAAGAUGGCACAGAUCCUGACCUUUCUUUUGUAAAAUCAGAGGUUGAGGACACUUCCGCCAAGCCUUUAUCUCCAAGUUGUGCCAGAUCUACAUCUAACAAAGUAGCUUCCUCUGUUAAAAAUUCUGGUUCAGGAUCAUUGUCUAGUAAACCAGGAGCCACUGCAAGUAAGCCGGGGUCACCCUUGAAUAAGUCAACAACCCCUUCAGCCAAGCAAGGGACCCCAUCUGCAAAACAGGCUUCACCACCCAGCAAACCAGGCUCACCCCCAAGCAAGCCUGGAUCGCCAUCCUCCAAGCCAAUCUCUCCAGGAAGCAAGCCUGGAUCCCCGUCAAGUAGAUUAGCAUCACCAGCCACUAAACCAGGGUCUCCAUCCAGUAAGCCAGGGUCACCUCCGAGUAAACCAGGGUCCCCAUCCAGCAAGCCAGGAACCCCUCCCUCUAAACCUGGGUCUCCUGCCAGUAAACCUGGUUCCCCACCCAGCAAACCAGGUUCCCCUUCAAGUAAACCAGCAUCUCCAUCUAAUAAGAAUGCUCUGCCUGGAAGUAAACCUGGGACUCCAUGCAAACCAGGAUCUCCAAGUAACAAGGUGGCCUCUCCGCCAACUAAAGCAGUUUCCCCAUGCAGCAAAACAGGAUCUCCUAAUUCUGUUACUAGUACACCUGGAAGCAAGCCAAGUUCUCCAGUCAGUAAGAAUGGAUCUCCAGGCACUAAAGUUGUGUUGCCUUCCAAUAAGUUGGGUACACCCAAUAACAAGACCACUCCAGGAGGAAUCAAGUCUGGAUCUGUCAGCAAUAAAGUGGAAUCCCCAUGCAACAAAGUUGAGCCCUUAGCUAGUAAAACUGGAACUCCUCUGAAUAAGACAGGGAAGAGUGAUCAAGUCAAGAAAGUUAUACCAAAGGCAGCUACACCAAAGACCUCACCUAGGGAAAGACGCCCAAGAAGAGACACUGCACAAAGCAUCGCAAGUGAGAAUGAAAGUGACCUGGAUUUGUUAUUAGAGCCAUCAAAGAGGGAUUUGACAAGAAGCAAUGACAGGAAGGAAAGGAGUGGCCAGAAACGGCGGUCUGAAAGUGAAAGCGAGCUCCCACCCAAGAGACUCAGAACAGAGAGAGAGAGAUCUGAGAGUGGCAAUGAUGCAACUGACCACAACUUACGUUCUAAGUCUGAGAAGACCAAGGAGAGACCUAAGGAUUCUGUGAAACGUGAAGGUUCUCCAAUCCCAGUUGUCGACCGCCCUGCAACUCCCACUUCCAGAGCAGCAGCACUGGAAGCCAAAAAGCUGCGCCAAAAACUACUACUUAAAGAGCAAUCAAGCAGAGGACAACCGUUGGGGGAAAUACGAGGUGAACCUCCUAUGGGACGAUCAGUGAGAGGUGAUGGUAUCCUGAAUACCAGUGUGACUUACUACCUGCCUUACGGAGGCAUCAUUCAGGAUCCCAAUCCCGAGGAGGAAUGCUUACAGGCACAAGUAGAGAUUCCACGUUGGGGCACCCGUGUCCUCACCAGCUUGUAUGUCAUGGAAGGAACAGAAAACCUGGAGGAUGAAAUAUUCUUGAAGAGACAUGCAAAGCCAGAACAAGAUGAGAAAAGACGCAAAAGAUGGGACCUUCAAAGAAUGCGUGAACAAAGGCAUUAUGAGCGCCUUCGGGAACGUUAUGAGGGUCGUCAGAAUGCAAGUGAGCCUGAAGUGUCUGUACAAGGAAGUUUAUGGCCCAAUCCAGAAUCUGCAUUAUAUUUACAUGUAGAUGAUUGUCUCCCUGUUUGUGCCUUUGGACAGCCAAUGGCCCGGAUACCUCCAGAGGAAUUUGCAUUGCCUUGGCUUAGUGGUCGUUGCACGGAUGGGGUGUCGACGCGGAGGAGGAAGCGAUGAGGCUGGAGUCCCAUGCUUGCAUUCAUUUGUGUUAUACCCACCUAAGGAAAACCUUCCUCUUUUAGUAUCUUUCUAGGAUGUGUCUUUUUUCAAGUUUUUUUUUUUCACAAGGCUGAAAGUUUUAUAUUAUUACUUUUUUUAUCUUGCUGUUUGUGAGGGUUUCAUUUGUUUUGUAAGUUCCUUUCUGCAUUCUAAACAUUCUUUUUAAUUUUAGUGGUGUAUGAGUUUUGAGUUCUGUUGUUGAUUUUACAAUUGCUCCUCUUUGAUAUAUAAUAUAUAUUUUUUACAUUUCUCAAAGUCAGCUACUUGUUUUAAGGUAGCCCACCAUAGGAUAUUUGCAUAGUAACAUUUCUUUUUAAAUUGAUUUGUCAAACCUUCAUCCUAAGGGAUGAACAGAUGGAUUGCAAAAUACUGACUCAUAUUGUGUCAUAUAAAAUGCGUAGCCAUGUGAGGCACUAUGUUUGAGGUAGAUUUUUGUUUUUGUUUUUACUGAAAAAUAGAAAAUGUAUUCGAUACUUAGACAUAAUAGGACCUAUCUUCGUUACAAUUUUUAACACUGUAGUCUGUGAUUCAAAAUUGGAUAACAGGUGUCCUGCAGAAUUAAGAUAUUGACUAAAUUUACUAUGUGCAUUCUGUUUUUAGCAUGCAGGGAAAGAGCUGAAGUUUGAAUAGAUUCUUUCCCCUUUCAAGUUGGACAAAUAUUUAUUCAAAGCUGAGAUCUUGGAAGAAAAAGAAAAUUGAAAUGUAAAUCUCAGACCAUAAUUUUCCAUAAUUUUAGAAAAUAUCUAAGCUUCCAGAUAGUAAAUUAAUAUUUUCUUUUUGGAUUGAAGAGCAUUAGAUAAUCAUUAGAAUAGAAAUUUUCAUUAAACAAAAAACAUUUUCACGCACAUACAUAAAGCACAACGCACACACACUUGAACUUGCAUUCAUAAUAAUAGUUGUAUUUGUUCUCUCACACACGUUACUUUCACUCAA